UACUGAGCACGUGAUAUGGCCCAGCUGCGGCUCCACGGGAGCAGAAGCAGCGUCUCCUCACGGUCACCGGGGACCGAUGCAGCGAUCGGCAGCAGAUCAGUCUGACUUGAUCAGAGAAACCCUGUGGACCACCUGUGUGGGAGCGUCACCAUGGCCUCUGCCACCUCCACCCCCUUCCCCUCCGGCGGCCGCUCCAGCCGACCCGCAGCCCGUCGCAGCGCAGCCGCCGGCCUGUCCUCUUCCAGCAUCAGCCCGUCCCGCCUGUCCCGCAUCCAGGAGAAAGACGAGCUACGACAACUCAACGACCGCCUCGCCAACUACAUCCAGCGGGUCCAGGAGCUGGAAAGCGAGCGCUCCUCCAUGCUGAGUCAGCUGGAGGAGAAGGACGACUCGACAAGACGGGAGAUGGGCAACGUGCGGCGGCUUUACGAGCAGGAGUUGGCCGAUGUCAGAAUCUCGCUGGACGGCCUGGCCGGAGAGAGGGCCCGGCUGCAAAUCGACUACGGGAACUUGCGCGAGGACAACAGGAAACUUCAGGCCAGGAACGAGAAGAAGGAGGGUGAUCUGGUGAAUGCUUUGGCACAGUGGAGGAAACUGGAAGCGACGCUGAGCUCCAAGGAUGCUGAAUGCACGAAGCUGCUUUCUGAGCACAGGAGACUGCAGGAUGACUUUACUGACCUGCAGGGCCAGCUGGAAAAUGUGGAGGGUGACAUGUCAGACACCAAGAACCAGCUGAACUCAGAGAUCCUGAGAAGGGUGGAGCUGGAAAACCAGGUGCAGACACUCAAGGAGCAGCUAGAACUCCAGAGGAAUGUCAGUGAGCAGGAGACGUUGGAGAUCCGAAGCCGGUACGAGAAACGCUUAUUGGAGAUGGACACGGGAAGACAGAGAGAAUUUGAGAGUAAACUGGCUGAGACAAUGCAGCAUCUCCGCCAGGACUAUGAGGUUCAGCUUCAGCAAUAUAAAGCAGAGCUUGACAAGACCUUCAGUUCAAAGUUGGAGAAUGCCCAGCAGGCUGCACUGGAGAAAAACAAUGUUAUGUCAACCACCAAUGAUGAACUAGUCUGCACCAAGCUCAGAGUAGAAAACCUCAGUGUCCAGCUCCAGCAGUACCAGAAAGAUAAAAUGGAGCUGGAGACUCGCUCUCAGGAGCUGGAGAGGACUUUGGACAGAGAGAGGGAGGUCUGGCAGCAGAAACUGUGUGAUAAGGAGCAGGAGCUGCUCAACAUGAGGAGUCAGAUGAACAGCAAGCUGGAAGACUACGAGAACCUGCUGGAUGUCAAGCUCGCUCUGGACAUGGAGAUCAAUGCUUAUAGGAAGAUGCUGGAGGUGGAGGAGCAGAGAUUGCAGCUGUCACCCAGUCCCUCCCAGCACUCUGCCAUACCCCGCACCCAUGAGCACAGCAGCCGCAAACUAAGAGGGAAAAAACGAAAACACGAGGGAGCCUCUGGCAACUCGCCUGCCUACAAAAUGUCAGGUCGAUCAACAAACCAUGGUCCUGUAAGCGUGGUAGAAGUCGACAUGGAUGGGAAAUAUGUCAGACUGAAGAACAACAGUGACACAGGGCAGCCACUGGGGGGUUGGGUAGUUCGGAGGAUUUAUCCGCACUGUGAAGACAUUUCCUUCCACAUCCCCUCCUCCUGUGUCCUGGCUGGUUGGCAGAUACUCACAAUCUGGGCAGCUGGAGCAGAAAUGGAAGCUGACUCUGGGGACCUGGUUCUGCAGGGCCACAGGAGCUGGGGCCCCACUUCUGAUGUAAGGGUAGUCCUCCUGAACCCCAACCAUGAGGAGAUGUCUGAGCGCAGGGUGUGGAUGACGGGCAGAGGGGACGAGGAAAAGGAGCUACAGUUUGAAGAAUUUGUUGCAGGCAGUGACAUUCAGCAUUUUCAGAGACAGGAUCUGUCAAAAGAGACGAACUGCGCUGUCAUGUGAUUAUAUCCACUUCCUGCUCUCCUUCACGUCUGCCUGGAAAACUCUGGAUUGGCUCAGACCUCUACACGGCAGAACACAUGUCUGAAUGAUGUUAGUGUUGUUCAAUGCAUAGCUUCACUGUGACAAACUACAGUAUGACAAUUCAAUGACUUGUUAGUUUGACUGUGAAGAGGCCUUACAGUAACCGUAUCAACCUCAAUAAUCCUUACUUGUUCCCUCUUUUAACCUCUCUUACUGCUCAAGGUAUGAGCUUUGCCCUGAUUUUAAAUGAGUGUGUGUGUACUUGAAAUAAUAAAUAUUGCAUUUAUAAUAAGGGUUAGAAUCAUAAAUGCAGAGAAAGCUUGUGACAAUGCACAGGAAGAGAAGUUUAGAAUGUGUGUAUUGAGCUGCAGAACUAUGAUUCAUAAAUAUAUUGUCAAGACACAUGGAACAUGAUGGGAUCAUGUAGUGUGUAAACAAGCCAAAUUAAAAGCUGUAAGUUUCAGAUUUCCUGAACCCAAUAAAAUAAAAGCAUUGAACAGAA